AUGUCCCGCGAUGGUGGUGCAGGGGCUGUGGCGCCAGCUGGCAGGUCGGCAGGGGCCGAUCUGGGCAGACCUGAAGUCGCUGCCAACCAUUUGGAUGGGAUCCCAACUGAGCCAGGCGAUUUGGCCAGUGUGGAGCCGUCAGUUGCAGAAACAUUUCACGAUGGAGUGCAUGAUCGGAAAAGGAAGAUGGAGGAUGAAGCUCUGGAGAACGGGGGCGCAAAUGGGGCACAUGCUGACGUUGUGGGGCAGGCACCUGCCAGCAAGGUUCAGCGUGUGAAUGGAGAAUCGGCGCCUGACGAUAGGGGUCGAUCGGCAGAGAGGGCGCCAAGGGAUGAGGAUGACGAUGAUGAUGAUGAGCUUCCCACAGACGAUGAUGACGAUGAGUUGGUGGACCCGCCGAAUUUCCUGACGGCUCAGUAUGACAAGGUCAGCCGCAUAAAGAACCGGUGGCGCUGUCAGCUGAAGUAUGGCAUAUUCCAUGCCAAUGGCAAGGACUACCUGUUCAAGAACGCCACGGGCGAUUUCACAUUUUAG